AUGACUCAGAAGAGACUCAGUGGCAGUGAGCAUGGUUUCUGGCUUGGGAACCUGGUCCUGUGCACUUACGAGCUCCGCUCAGCCAUGGGCCUAGGAAGUAGUUUAACAUCAGGCCCCAGUGACCUGUGGGAGGGCUCUCUCUGUGUCGGGGUGGAGGAGCACCAUGCCUUCGACAUCGACCUCUACCACUGCCCCACCUGCGCAGUCCUCCAUGGCGCCUCCCGGAUGAAGGAGCGGCGGAAUUGGCACCGGCAUGACUGCACAGAGGCGGACGAUGGCUCGGCGCCGGUGCAGGCCGGGACCCGGGCCUUCGUGCGGGAGCUGCGCGCUCGAGUCUUCCCGAGUGCCGACGAAGUCCUCGUGAAGAUGCAUGGCGGCCAGCUGACCCACAGAUACCUGGAGAAGCACGGCUUCGAUGUCCCUAUCGUGGUUCCCAAGUUAGACGACCUAGGGCUCAGGCUCCCGCCACCCACCUUUUCUGUUAUGGAUGUGGAACAUUACGUAGGUGGUGGCAAGGUGAUAGAUGUCAUUGAUGUGGCAAGGCAGGCAGACAGCAAAAUGACGCUGCACAAUUACGUCACCUACUUCAUGAACCCUCACAGGCCCAAAGUGCUGAAUGUAAUCAGCCUGGAGUUUUCAGACACCAAGAUGUCUGAGUUGGUGGAGGUCCCGGAUAUAGCCAGGAAACUGUCCUGGGUGGAAAACUAUUGGCCAGAUGACUCCGUCUUCCCUAAGCCAUUUGUCCAGAAGUACUGCCUCAUGGGUGUGCAGGACAGCUACACGGACUUCCACAUCGACUUUGGAGGCACUUCCGUCUGGUACCACGUCCUUUGGGGGGAGAAGAUUUUUUAUUUGAUAAAGCCGACGGAUGAGAAUCUGGCCCUCUAUGAGUCUUGGAGUUCGUCUGUAACCCAGAGCGAGGUGUUCUUUGGAGAUAAGGUGGACAAGUGCUACAAAUGCGUGGUCAAGCAGGGACACACCUUGUUUGUUCCCACAGGGUGGAUUCACGCUGUGCUCACGUCUCAGGACUGUAUGGCUUUCGGGGGGAACUUCCUGCACAACCUCAACAUUGGCAUGCAGCUCAGGUGUUACGAGAUGGAGAAAAGGCUAAAAACACCAGAUCUUUUCAAAUUCCCUUUCUUUGAAGCCAUAUGUUGGUUUGUAGCCAAAAAUUUACUGGAAACCCUGAAAGAACUGAGAGAAGACGGUUUCCAGCCUCAGAGCUACCUGGUGCGGGGAGUGAAAGCCCUGCACGCGGCUUUAAAACUGUGGAUGAAGAAAGAACUUGUCUCUGAACAUGCCUUUGAAAUUCCAGACAAUGUCCGGCCUGGCCAUCUAAUUAAAGAGCUCUCUAAAGUGAUCCGAGCCAUAGAGGAGGAAAGCGGCAAACCAGUUAAAUCUCAGGGAAUUCCUACUGUGUGUCCAGUGUCACGCCCUUCAAAUGAAGCAUCGUCCCCCUACCACUCCCGGCGGAAGAUGCGGAAACUUCGCGAUCACACUGUCCGGACUCCUUCGAACCUCGAUGUCUUGGAGCUCCACACCAGGGAGGUCCUCAAAAGACUGGAGAUGUGUCCGUGGGAAGAGGACAUCUUGAGCUCUAAAGUGCACAGCAGAUUCAACAAACACCUCCAGCCAUCUUCCACCGUACCCGACUGGAGAGCAAGAGACAACGACCUGCGCCUACUGCUGACCAACGGAAGGAUUGUGAAAGAUGCGAGGCAGCUCUUCACGGACUCCAGUCUCUAUACAGCAGACAGCGAGAGUGAAGAGGACAAGAGAAGGCCCCAGAAGACAAAAGUGAAGAGAGAGGAGCACGCCGGACUCGAGGGGCUGGAGAGUGACGUGUCUCGGACCCCCCGAAACGGGUUCCUUACGAGGCGCAUCAAGUCGGAAUACUCAGACAUCUCGGACUCUGAAGAUUCGGGCCCCGACUGUACUGCACUGAAACGCCGUUUCCCCACGGAGGAGUUGGAGAGUUCGGGUGAUGAGAAGAAGCAGGAAGUGGCCUCAGACUUCAAGGCGGAGUCUAAGGGGCCGAGGCACUUCCUUCAGAAGACCCCCGAGCCCCCUCGGAGCGAGGCCCUGGUGAAAAGGGAGUGCCCGACCUCGACCCGCACAGAGGAGGAAGCCGUCCAGGGCAUGCUGUCCAUGGCAGGGCUGCGCUGGGACAUCAGUUGGAGAGACGUAGUGGGAUGUGACCGGGAGGCCAGGCCACUGUGUCGUGGUGACAAACCUGUGGGAUGUGGGCAGCACGUCAAGGCUGACGAUCAAGAUCCGAGGACUUGUUCCUGGGCUAAGUCGUUGGAUGCCACAUCCAGAGUUAGCCCUCAGGACCUACGAGGAGGCCAGCGAGUCGCCAAGAAAGAAGGCCCCUCAGAGCUCCCCCAGAAGGUGCCUCCAAGCAGGAGCCCCGGGGACAGCAGUACCAAGUACGGGCAGAACUCAAGCUUGGCCCCCAGGCCCUGUGCACUCAGCAGCCGCAGCCUCAGCCCCGAGAGUCCCAGGGGGGAAGGCUCCUUUUCGGUGCCCCUCCACCCCACCAAGAGGCCUGCAUCCAAUCCCCCACCUAUCAGCAACCAGGCAACAAAAGGUAAACGUCCAAAAAAGGGAAUGGCGACAGCCAAGCAGCGUCUCGGGAAGAUCCUCAAGUUGAACAGAAAUGGCCAUGCCCGCUUCUUUGUGUGACGCAGACACGGCUGUGGGGGUGCCACUCCCUCUGAGCCAGCUCGGGGCAGGGGGCAGGAGCCAGGUGCUCGCCCGCCCUGCGCCCCUGUGCCCGCCCAAGGCCCAGGAGAGCACUGCCCACAGAACCACGUGGCCGGUGCUGCUGAGCCCUGGCCACACCCACUGAGCAAUAACGUCCGGACCUGGUGGGAGGAGGAGGAGGAGCUUAAACGAGACCUUGAACUGCCAAGGGCUCGUGUCAGGGCUUGAAUUUUGUUGUUAUUGGUAGCGUCUUGAUUUCUUUUCAGUGGUAGGGGAAAAAUUAUUGAUAAUUUAUUUAACAGAUUUUUUUUUAAAGUUAACAGCCUUUAAAUUCUUUCUUCUUUUUUUAAACCUAUUUAUUUGGAAGAUUUCUGGAGAAAUGUCUCACUAAUUUAGAUUUAAGAAUGUGAAGGUUUUUAAAUUAUUUUUGAUAGUGUGUGUAUUACCUGUGGAGAGUGCCAUGGUGUAACAGGAACUAGUCUGGACUCUUAAAUUUGCUAUUCAGGUUAAAGUCUUAAACAGGGAUUUGAUGCAUUAAUUAUUUUAAAUUAAGAUGUAUAUGAGAAUCAUUUUAUUUUAUAUAUUUCAUGUGUUUUUUAUAAGCUAUUUGCUUGCUUUUGCUAACUUCCAAGGUGCAUACUGUUAUCCAGGUGGGUUCCCCCCUGCCCCUGCCCUUCCCCCUGACCCUCCCCCCCACCAGGACUCUUCUCGUUGCAGGGAAACGCUUUCUAGCCAGUGUGUAAGAACCCCAUCAGAGACCCCACGCUCAUUGCGCAUGGCGUGGUGGCUCUUCCUUAAAGGAGAAUCCAGCCUCUUGCAUCUUCACUUUGCCGAUGAUACUUGGGUCCCAAAGAGAACAGCUUUAAUAUCUUCUCCCCACGUUUGGGGAAAGGAGUCUGAGUUUGGUUUUACUGUCGUGUGUGGUAGUUUUACCAAAUGCGUUUGUCUGCGAGUCCCCCCGUCUUCCUGACAGUGUGGGUGCCGGGAGGCAGGCCCCACACCUGCUGCCUCGCUCUGUCCCUCUGACACUUGUGUGGGUGCACCCAUCGGUGCACCCAGAGUGUUGCAAGAGUGGAAUCAGACCUGCGGAUGAGUGUGCCCCAGUGCAGGAGGGUCGUACGCUUGUCAAAGGGCCCUGGGGGAAGCACUCAGUGCUAUCCGUAAGGGCAGGCGGAGAUCUGGCAGUCUGCUCCUGCCCAGACUGAGAGCCUUGGGAGCCCUGUGGGCACAUUCCAGCCUGCCCUGCAGGGUCCCGAUGAGUCGGAAUCAACUCGACAAGAUUUGGAUUUGGUUUUAAACUUUAUUAAGUUGUAUAAAAGGAAAUGUGCUGGAGUACAUGGUGUGUGUGUGUGUGUAUGUGUGUAUCUGUGUGCGUGUGUGGUAUUUGGGUCUUAACCUUUUCAGGAAUGACAUAGGAUGUGGGUUUAGAGUACAAUGGGUGCUUUCUGCAGUGUCUUCCACCAGCCCUCACCAAGCUGCACCUACUUUGGUUGGCUGUCUGGUUGAGCUUUAAGGUUUCAUCUAUCUCCUCGAUGCACAGUUUUUACUAAAAACCAGUUUUUUAUUGUAAUCCCUUCCUUCCUCUCCCCCCACCCAAUGGCUGAGAAGUAAGUGGUUCCUGGGGACAGAGCCUGCAGACACAGCUGAUCUUGGCUCGAGAGCAUCUUAGCAACACCCACAGAGACCUGGCAGGAGGUGAAUGCUAUGUCUAUGGAGAAGAGAAGGGCACAUUCUAGAUCUGUGCUCGGCAAGGGGGCUUCAGAAAGUUCCUGGAAAAAUUCUCUUACCUUUUAAUUCAAAGUUCCUGCAAACUCUUUGAGCCCCCCCUCAUGUGUUACUAUCCCCUGGAGAGGUAAGAAAUGAAAUGUGUUACAUCAUCUCUCUCAGUUACAGCUAAGGUGUUUUGUUUUCCAAAGAGAAAUACUUCUUACUAGUUACCCUCUUGCCCCCGAGUGAGCUGGAUCACUUGGAACCUUCUCUGUGUCUCUCGGUGGCCUGCAGAGAGGUGGGGCUCUGUCUGCCCCAGGCGACGACAGACAGGGGAGCGAUCGGUCAGGCGUUGGAUGGGCCAUCUUCUCUCCACGUGUCCAGAUGUCAACCACCUUCCCCACACACUCGGUCUCUGCAGACACUGUUUGAGUUUGUUUGUUGGAUUGAUUGCCUCUAAGAAACAACGGUUUCUCCAGAUGCUUGUGAUCUGGGUUCUCUCUCAGCCUUUUCUCAGCUCAUCAGUAUUCCUGCUCAUCCAGCUUGCUUUCUUUUGGCCAUGAAAACGAAAACGUAAACCAGCUACGAUUUGCUUUUAUGAAUUGAAAUUGUAGCCAGUGUGUACCCAGUAUGGGAACUGUUGAGGGAAGGUGCUGUGGGCUCCUCUUUGGCCGUGUGGCUCUGGGAGCACGGCUGUGGAAAGGCCCAGACGUGGAGGUGACUGACUGCCGUGUCUUGACUUGGCAAUGAGAGACAGCCUCUCCUCUCUUCCUCAGUCUCUGUGCCAGGGGCACAACCAGACAGACGCUGCAACAGGAAGAUGCCAGCGUGGCAGAUACGAAGGUGUCCAGCUGAGAAUCAUGAUCAGCGCCCCCAGUAGCAGUAGAUAGUCAUUGUCCUGUACUCAGAUGAGUGACUUGUGACCUCAGGGCCUUGCAUAGUACUUCACAGGCCAUCGUAUUGAGAAUGACGUAGACUACACAGAGCUGGCGCCCCGUGAUAGGUCAGCAUCCUGGACAUCGGUUAUGAACCCAGAGAGGAAGCAGGCUCGGCUUGGUCACCACUUCAGCAUGGCACCCAGCACUCUUUAGUUCUCUGGCCCCCGACGAGGGGUGUCUCCCAGGGAGAAGUGUCUGUCUCACUUCUGAGAACUCUAGCAGGAGAGAGGUCCAUUCACGCUUGGAAGACCACCACCCAAACCAGGGGACGUAGAGACACCACAGCCGAGGCCCUCUGUCUCAUGAUGAGAACCACUUACAACAGUGACUUCCUCUGGCGUCCUCCAGGGGCCUGCGUGUUCCUGCUCUGCCGUGCACUGUGGAAUAGCCAGUUACUGUCCCCCAUCCCUCAGAGUUCGUCCGUCAGUAGGCUGCAGGGUAAUCAGGAUCCGAACACAGGAAAGCAGGCUUGAGUCUCAUAACCCUCCGAAUUCCAGAGCAUGACUGCCCGCCAGAGCCAGGAGGGAAGUGCACAGACCAUUUACGAAGCCACCUUUCCCUCUUGCGUUGUCUAUGGCAGUGUUUGGAGCAGGACUAGCGACUAGGAGUCUUUCCUGGGAGGUGUUUGGGCUGAGUGUCCGUCCGAGGUGGGUGCUGACCGGUGCCCCACAUGGGGUGUGUGUGUGUGUGCCCAGGGUGCUCACCUGUGUCAAGUGCUGGGCUUGCUGUUGCCCACCCUGUGUUCAGCCAUGGCUGGUGCUCUUGAGCCCCGGGUAUCGGGCCAUGGUUGAUACCUGGAGUCCUGUUGCGGCACUCCGUUGUCUCCACACAGCAGUGGCCCCGGUGCUCCUGGGCUGUGAAGCCUGCUCUGCCCUAUUUCUCUUCUCUUCCUGCUCCGCUGAAUGAGCUUCUCACGCAGUCCCCGCUCCGCCGUCGCCGGUCAGCGAGGAGUCGGUCUCAGUGUGCGACUCGAAAGUAAGUUCCUUAGUCCGCACAGAGGAGGUGUGUCUGGCGGUGCCCUCCCGCCCACCUGCCUGCCUGACGAUGAUGGUGUCCUGUGGUCUCUCUGGGAUCCCUGAGGUGUGUGUGUGUGUGUGUGGGGGGGGGGGUCGGUCUUGGGCAUUCCCACGGGAGUUCAGUGUAAGCGGCUGUUAUUCACACGCGUUAUUUCCCAGGAAACCUCUGCCCCCACUAGCAGGCCUGCAGCCACUCUCAGCAGGGCUGGGGCAGAGCCCACCCUCCGAGAGCAAGCUCGAGGGGUGGGGAGGAAUGAAAAGAUGGCGCGUUUACUGGAGGUGGUUAGAAAGGUGGACGGUGCUCUGAGAAGGUGCUCUCUGGUCGGGACAGGCACUGCUGCCAAUGUGGCUCAUCUCAGCAUGGCCUGCGGGGAGACCAGGGCCUCCAUGGGAAUCAGAGCCAUUUCCACACGCCCAUCCUUCUCCUUAAUAUUAAACCAAUUGCAGCUAGAGCCCUGAAUGAAUGCCACCAGAAGACAGGAGCUGCCCAGUGGGGUGGGGGAGAGAGUGCUGGGUGCCCCCACCCUUGGGGCCACCAGGGCAGACAGGACGUGUGUUUUGCCGCUGAGGUUUUGACCCUGUCGCCUUACUCAAAGCCUUUCUCUGGCUACUCUUGGCUCUCCGUGACCCGUCCUCGCUCACAGCAGUGCGGCUGCAAGGAAACCAGUGUGCAUUUCCAAAGCAGUUAGCAUCUGUGGUUGUGGUUUUCAUUUGUUUGUAGUUAAAUUAAAAAAAUCCUUAGCAGACAGAGGACAUUAAUAUUAGGAAUCCCUACUUCACCCCCCCUUCCCCCUCCCCACUAGCCCCCUGCCCUCAAUGCCCCUCCUGGGGCCCUAAGACCCUCUUGAUAAGGGCAGCAUCCAGUGUUUCCAGUUAAAGCCCUGUGGUGCCCCGAGGGCCGGCCCAGUCUUUGACUAUGCAAACCUGUGACUUCUCAGUCCUGAAGGGGCCCGGGCUGCCACCCACUGUCAUUUGGUCCAUUUCCCUUUCAAAACAUCAGCUCUCCUCUCUUCACCCACCCCAUGGUUUUUCACCAAAACAAUGAUCGUAGUGCUGCAAUCGACAGUAUUUUGCAGGAUGAAAUAAACCCGGACAUCCUCCACGCCCUCCCUGGCGGCGUGGUUGGUGGAAACACUUCCCAAAUGACAGUCAGGGACCUGAGGUGCAGCUUGCUCAGUGAACGCCAACGGUAUUUUAUCUUGCAAAAGAAACCCAACCAAACAUAGGGCCUUACAGUUUACGGUUAGACUGAA